AUGACAUCUAAGAUUACGGAAUACGAGAACGUUCCAGAUAAUGAGUCUUAUCUGGCAGAGGAAAACCUAUCAAUACCUGAAGAAGUAGAAGAAGAAGACGAAGAAGAAGAGGAUGAUGAUGAUGAUGAUCAUAUAUACAUCAAUGAGGAAACAGAAUCUGGCCGUGAGAAAGUCUUAGUUUCACACGCCCCACAAGAGCGCAUUGUACCGCCCUUGAAUUUUUGUCCUGUUGAAAGAUAUCUUUACAGAUCUGGUCAGCCUUCACCUGUAAAUUUCCCCUUUUUACUAAAUUUGAAAUUAAAAACAAUAAUAUGGCUGUCCAACGAAGAACCUCAAGAUACCCUUUUAGAGUUUUGUGAUACUAACAAAAUAAAUUUACAAUUCGCUGCCAUAAAUCCGGAUGCCGGUGAAGAUGAUAACCCAUGGGACGGUCUUACAGAACAUUCCAUCAUCAAUGUACUGCAGACCAUUGUUACCCAGGAGAACUAUCCCCUGUUAGUAUGUUGCGGUAUGGGAAGACAUAGGACUGGGACGGUCAUUGGAUGUCUAAGAAGAAUCAUGGGUUGGAAUUUAGCUAGUGUAUCCGAAGAGUAUAGACGCUUUACCGGGAGUAGAGGUGGCAGGAUUCUUGUAGAACUACUUAUAGAAGCCUUUGACACCAAGCUAGUGAAAAUAGACAAGAAUAAAGCCCCAAGUUGGUUGCUGACAGCCCUAGAGUAA